AAACAGGAGUGUACGCAAUCACACACAUCCUGUAGCAGCCCAUCGCAGUCGCUCCGAGUCCGGCACUCCUUCACAGUACUAGCACCUGCAGUGUGAGGAUACUUGCCAUGUCGUCAGAUUACAGUGAUUGGCAGGCUCUUGAAUACAAGAUCAAGCGACCGCGUCAGAUCGCCCAGUGUGCCGCACACUCUCAGAACGGGCACAAUACCUUGCGGAAUCAGAUGAAUCUCAGCGAAGAGGAGUUCGAUGACUUCGUGAAACUCAUAGAUAAGUCUGUCGAGCGCCACCUCGUCGUCUCGCUCCCUUGGACGAAACAACCCACCAACGCGAAGAAAGAACAUAUCGAUGACGUGGCCUCACACUGGGUGAUGAUGUAUCAGUAUGACGGACCGUGGCCGAUUGAGGCGUACACGACGAAGUUCGCGAAACUUUCGAGCCAUCGACCGAAGCUGGCGAGCCAUCGACCGAAGUCAGAGUCGCGGCCCGCGAAGCCUGCGCCUCGUCCCACUGGCGGCAAGAAAUCCAUCCAGAGGGAACGUGUCAAACGUGCCCCAAAGCAACAAGCCGCCAAGAAGCGCGUCUACAGGGAGCAGGCCGUCCUAGACCCACAGCCUGCAGCAGCUCGCCCAAAGCCACGGUGCCGAUUGUAUGUGGGAGUGUUGCGUGGCCCAUCCAGGCAAGCCACUAGUACUCGGGCCUCCUCCACACUCCAGCUCCCAUCAAUUGCGCCGCAGAGGGAUGUUGAAGAACAGCCGCGACCCCAAGCUCCCCCUCAAGUUCAGGCUCAGCGCCAGCCUGAGCCAUUAAUUGUCAGAUAUGACCCGCCGCCACGCCCGAGUGGCGGCAGCGACGCGGCCGUCCGUGAUUUUCUCCUGUCGCUUCCCAUGCCCAUGCAUAUGCUAGAGGCUAUGCCGCGCCUCGUUCAGAUAGGCAUCCGCAACGAGGAGGCCCUCCGAAAACUCGCAACUGCCCCCCUGAGAAUCAAACAACGCGCUCUUGAUGCCCUCGGCCUAGACAAUCUGUCGACUGAGGUUCUCAAUAGGGGUUUGCUGAACUUGGCAUCACAAAUGUAAACGCUGUAACACGAAGACGACCCGAAUGUAUCACUACUCUUACAUAUACUCUAUCCUGUAUCUGACUCCGUGCCCUCACUGUAUAAGUAUCACGCAUAGGCGGCUCAAUUGGAUCUCUCGUGUC